AUGUCUCUCGCUAAGAACAUCCUCCUAUUCGGCGCAACGGGUAACAUUGGCUCAUUCAUCCUAGACGCUAUCCUGCCCGAGCGUUCUCAAUUUGGCCGCAUCGCCAUCUUCACUUCCCCGCACACAGCGGAAACCAAAGUUUCACAGCUGAACAAGCUGAAAGAAGGCGUAGAAGUAAUUGUGGGCAAUGUCGAAGAUGAGAAUGCCGUGAAAGCAGCAUACAAAGUGCGCGCGUACCUCGAGGAUGAGAUCUCGCGUGACGACCUCGCCUAUUCGUAUGUGGUUACUGGCCCAUUCGCUGAAAUGUAUCUUCAUCUCGUGCCUGGGCUGGAGGAGGCUGGAGGGUGGGAUGUCAAAGAACGGAGGGCUGUUUUGUUGGGUGAGAAGGGGAAGGGAGAGGUUAGUUUGACGACGAUGAAAGAUGUUGGAACUCUCGUCCUGAACACUCUUCUUCAUGCUACGGCUGAGACGCGCAACGCUGCCCUGUGUGUUAAUUCGUUUACCACGAGCCCUGACCAGAUUCAGGCGGAGUUUGAGCGCCAGCUUGGUGGUCAGCCGUGGAAUGUGUCUCGCACUUCGCUAGAGAAGUUGCGCAAGGCGGAGGCUGCGGCGUGGGAGGCUGGGAACCCGGCAACUACUGUGUUGACUUUGCGUCGGAUUUGGGGUGAAGGCGGGACGCUGUAUGCGAAGCGGGCCAACGAGUUGAUUGGGGAACCGAAGGUGAUGGGACUGGAGGAUGUGGUUGCGAAUGAGAUCCAGAGGGUAUCGAAGUUGUAG